CGUCACUGCGACUCACUGCAAAGGCAGCAUAGCAGCCACCCGCUCGUCGCUAGGCAAUGCUCUACCUGGCGAGCAAGGUAUGCAGCUAUGCUUCCUUCAUACAGAUGCUCGUCUACCUCCCGCUUGCUCUCGACAUUGCCGGUCUCCAGUGUUUCUUAGCCCUGUCUGUCAGCCUUGCCGCCUUCUACGGAGCGCAAGCGACCUUUCAGCUCUUUGUGAGAAACACCAGAUGGGCCUGGACUUCUCGCACACUCUCGCUCACUCAGCUGAUCGCUCUGCCAGCCAUCUUGCUCCUCUGUCUCAAUCUCUAUUCGGCCAACACUGCCUCUGUCGAGACCUUGGCUUGGGGAUAUAGACUGCUCGCACGGGUACCGACAUGGUGGGAACGCACCCUCAGAUGGUCUUCCGGCCUCUUUGUCGUGCUCGAGGGUAUCUCGACGUUGCUCGUCAUCCAGUCAUUCGGCCAACUGUCUCGCUAUUUUGUCGACGAGCGCGGAGAGGGCUGGCAAUUCGUCUUUCUCAUCACUUCUGCAACGACCUAUGUUCUCUCUGCCUACUUUCUCUGGUCGGCAUAUGGCACAGCAGCCGUCGAGUCGCUCAACGCGACCCUCAUCGGCGUCAGUGUCACCAGUGUCGUCUUCCUGUCCGGGAUUGCCUUUGCCUUGCGUAAAGGUAACGUCGUCGAGACGAGCUUGAUGAUGGCAUAUAUCGUCUUUAACAUCUUCUAUCUCGGCGACAGCCCAGAUCCUGUGACUUUUAUUCGGUCAUCGAAGACGAGUCUGCUUCUGCCGCCAGUGUUGCUUCAGAGCGUAGGUACAAUUAUCAGCGUACUCUCUGCCACAUUCGGUCAAGGACUUGACUUUAUAUCUGCCGCAUCAUCGGCGCUACCUCUGCCUGUCAUUGUCGGGCUGGUCUAUCGUAUCGUAAUCCUAUAUGGUGCUGGUCGGGUCGUCAUCGCCAUGAAGCGCGCGAAAGAUGGCUACGACGAAAGCACGCGUCUCAGCGAGGAAGAGCCCUUUGGACGUACGGUCACGAUCGUCAUUGCGUACUCUAAAGUCAUACUCGUCUCUGUUUACACCCAUCUCAUACUGCUCAACAAUCAAGGUGGUCACGUCUACUGGCGCUGGAUCACGACGCGUCCUCAGGCGAUCAAGCGUCAGCAACUCGGGAGCGGUGGGUGCCCCGCUCAAUGUCAGCUUGACGAUCGUCCUCCAGCCGACAUUCGCUGGGCAAGACGAGCAGUCACUCCCUCGAGACUUAACGCUACAUCUUUAGUGUCGUGUCGAUCGCGUUGCGAUGCCACUCUCCGUUGGCUUCACAAGCUGCAACGAAAGCCAAGCAUGCUGCUCGCAGCUCGGAGCGUAACUCUCAUGCACUUUGACAUGAUCCACUCUCGAUCUCAAUAGAAGUGGAAGUAAACUGCAUCAUGUGGUACUGAAGAUCUGUGCCCUGCAAGUCGAUAUAAUGAUCAGCCUUCGUUUAUGGGCAGGUAAGAACCAAACUGAUACAAAGUCAGGGUGGAGAGAGACGAGUGCCUGGUAUCUCACACUCGUCUCUCGCGCGUGUACAAGGCUGAGGGACGAACGCCUAGCAUCGCACACUCGUCCCUCUGGCGCGUUGUGGAUCUUCUUGUCGUCCGUGUUGAGGCUGCCAAGUGUCGCUGUCGAGCCACGAGCUGGAUCCGACGAGCGAGCAAGCCUCCAAGGCUGGCCGCAUGCGGCGAAGCACUUG